GUUGCUGCUUUUGAUUCUUUCAGGUUUGUCAUCAAAGGAAGCCUGGCUGGAGCUGCUGUAUACGUCGCAUAUGAUCAGGGCCUGCUGGGCAGUGGUACACAAGGUGCUGAAGCCCUCAAAAAAGCUCAAGCAGCACUGCCUCCAGCUAUCCAAGAGUGGACAAGUUACAUAGGCUGGGAGCUUCCCACCACUCCAAAAUUUGACUUCAGCCCCUCUGAUUCCUGGAAUAAAGGAGUGCAGACAGUCAUGUCUGCCUUGUCUGUAGCUCCCACCAGGGCCUGUGAAUAUUCUGUGCAAGGCUGGAAGUAUGUGAAGGAUCUUGUCAAAUGA